UAAGUCUUUAUUUAUUUUUCCCUCAUAUAAAUAAAUAAACAAACAAACACAAAAACAAAUAGACAAACAGAAAAACAGACAGACAGACAAACAAACAAACAAACACACACACAAACGAACAAACAAACAGAAAAACCAACAAACAAACACACAAACAAACACAUAUAAUUGCUUUUUCAAUUAAUUAAUGUAAUUAAUUAUUUAAACUUAACACUUCAAGUCAUUUGAAGCGAAUUUAGAUUGAUAAAUUUAAUUUUUGAUAAAGUUAAAGAAAAUUUCAAUAAUAAAAGACAAUUAAUAAUAAUAAUAAAUGAUAAUGAUAAAAACAAAAUAAAUAAUAAUAAUAAUAAAAUUAUAGGAAUAUAUAUUCGAGUUUCUAUUAUUGCUCAAUUGAUUUUUCUUAGCUCGUGAUAUCAAAUUCAGGUAAACAUCUUUUCCACUUCCAACUGUAAGAUAUAGAAAAAAAUAUUUGAACAACAAUCCAAAUGAUGAACGGUCAACUUCACAUACUACAACCACCAACCCCCGCGUCCACUUGCGACAACGACGACAGUAGCAACAAGAACCACAACAACAGCCCGGCAAUCAGUGGCAAUAGCAACAGCAGCUUCAGUCCAUCCCCUGACGCCAACUACUCUCGUCACACCACUGACGACAUCCUAUCGAAGACUCUCCAACAGCUAAAAUUCGUCGCUUCGAACGCUACUUCACCGGAUUCUGCCGAAACUCUGCGAAUGGACGCUGACCACAAAGAAGGCCAUCAGCGUGUGAAUGGUUUGGUGGUGAACUACAAUCAUCAAAAUCUUAAACAAUUGAACUUUCCAGUUAACAAUGCCUAUAACACUAACUCCAACAACAACAAAACUUCCAGCAACAUCAAUUCCAGCGACACCAACCUUCAAAAUGGCAGCAGUAGCAAAAGCAGCCACUACAUCGGUUACAACGACGACGAAGACAUAGAUUAUUCCAACUCCCUUCGCGUUCGAGAUGCCAUUAGCCCGAGCCCUCGAAAGCACGAAAUCAAGCGAGCCGAGAUUAAAUCGGAUUCCCUGGCCGAACUGACCAACUGUUACAAAGGCAUCCUAACAAGUGUGGGUGAGGAUAUCAAACGCCAGGGGCUCCUCAAAACCCCCGAAAGGGCCGCCAAGGCCAUGCUCUACUUCACGAAGGGGUACGACGAGAAGAUAUCAGAGGUAUUGAAUGACGCAAUCUUUCACGAGAACCAUGACGAGAUGGUCAUCGUGAAGGAUAUUGAAAUGUUCUCCAUGUGCGAGCACCACAUGGUACCCUUCUUCGGAAAGGUUUCCAUUGGCUAUCUUCCUAAUGGGAAAGUUAUCGGAUUAAGCAAACUGGCUAGGAUUGUUGAGGUAUUCAGUCGUCGCUUACAGCUUCAAGAGCGCCUAUCAAAGCAGAUAGCCCAUGCCCUGUUUGAAGCCAUCCAACCGACUGGUGUCGGAGUUAUCAUCGAAGCAACACACAUGUGCAUGGUGAUGCGUGGAGUUCAGAAGUUACAGAGCAAAACUGUCACCAGUACGAUGUUGGGGGUCUUUAGGGAGGACCCCAAGACCAGGGAGGAAUUCCUAACCCUUGUCAAAUCUACUUAAUGCAUAUACUAUAUACAUAAAUUCAUUCAUUCAUACAUGCAUGCAUGCAUGCAUACAUACAUACAUACAUACACAUACAUACAUACACACACACACACACGUACAUACCUACAUAUACACAUAUACAUAGAUACAUUCAUUUGUAGAUACAUGCAUGCAUGCAUAGAUACGUAGAUAGAUAAUCACAUACAUACAUUCAUUCCAAUAUAUAUAAUAAAAUAUAUACAAUCGUUUAUUCAUAUAUAUACAUGCAUUCAUACAUACAUACACACGCAUACAA